CAGCCCUGAGGCCCUGCUGGCCCCUGGGCGGAGGCCCAGCUCCGGCUCCCAGGAAUGGACCUUCUGGACCCCGACAUCUUUAAUAAGGACCCCCGGGACCACUACGACCUGCUGCAGCGGCUGGGUGGCGGCACCUAUGGAGAAGUCUUCAAGGCUCGAGACAAGGUGACGGGGGACCUAGUGGCACUGAAGAUGGUAAAGAUGGAGCCUGAUGAUGAUGUUUCCACACUUCAUAAGGAAAUCCUCAUCUUGAAAACUUGCCGGCACGCCAACAUUGUGGCCUACCAUGGGAGUUAUCUCUGGCUGCAAAAGCUCUGGAUCUGCAUGGAAUUCUGUGGGGCUGGUUCUCUCCAGGACAUCUACCAAGUGACGGGCCCCCUGUCAGAGCUCCAGAUCAGCUACGUCUGCCGAGAAGUGCUCCAGGGACUGGCCUAUCUACACUCACAGAAGAAGAUACACCGGGACAUUAAGGGAGCGAAUAUCCUCAUCAAUGACGCUGGGGAGGUCAGACUGGCUGACUUUGGUAUCUCGGCCCAGAUUGGGGCAACGCUGGCUCGACGCCUCUCUUUCAUUGGGACACCCUACUGGAUGGCUCCAGAAGUGGCGGCCGUGGCCCUGAAGGGGGGAUACAACGAGCUAUGUGACAUCUGGUCUCUGGGCAUCACAGCCAUCGAACUAGCUGAACUACAGCCACCACUCUUUGAUGUGCACCCUCUCAGGGUUCUCUUCCUCAUGACCAAGAGCGGCUACCAGCCCCCACGGCUAAAGGAAAAAGGCAAAUGGUCGGCUGCCUUCCACAACUUUGUCAAAGUCUCCCUCACCAAGAACCCCAAGAAACGACCCAGUGCCACCAAGAUGCUCAGUCAUCAACUGGUGUCGCAGCCUGGGCUCAAUAGAGGCCUGAUCCUGGAUCUUCUUGACAAACUGAGAAACCCAGGGAAGGGGGCCCCUGUGGGUGAGAUUGAAGAUGAGGAGCCUGAGCUGCCCCCUGCCAUCCCUCGGCGGAUCAAAUCCACCCACCGAGCCAGCACCCUGGGGGUUCCAGAUGCAGAUUGCUAUCGGCAGCACAUGGAAUUCAGGAAGCUCAGAGCAAUGGAGUCCAGACCUGCAGCUGACACUGCUCGCUUACAGCCCCCUGAAGACUUCAGGAGCAGCAGUCCUAGGAGGCACCAGUCGGAGUCUGACGAUGACUACGAUGACGUGGACAUCCCCACCCCUGCAGAGGACACACCUCCCCCGCUGCCCCCCAAGCCCAAGUUCCGGUCUCCAUCGGACGAGGGUCCCGGGGGGCCUGGGGAGGAGGGGCAGCUGAGCCCGGGGGUGCUGGUCCGGUGUGCCAGUGGGCCUCCCCCACGUACCCCCCAUCUUGUGCCUCCCCCAGCCACCCGAAGCCCCCAUCUAACUGCCCAUUCAGAACCCUCACUCUGGAACCCAGCCCCUCAGGAAUCUGACCAGCCCCCAUUGUUGCCCCCCAAGAAGGAAAAGAUGAAGAAAAAGGGAUGUGCCCUUCUUGUAAAGCUGUUCAACGGCUGCCCCCUCCGGAUCCACAGCACGGCUGCCUGGACACACCCCUCCACCAAGGACCAGCACCUGAUCCUAGGGGCAGAGGAAGGCAUUUUCAUCUUGAACCGGAAUGAUCAGGAGGCCACGCUGGAGAUGCUCUUUCCUAGCCGGACUACCUGGGUGUACUCCAUCAACAAUGUCCUCAUGUCUCUCUCAGGAAAGACCCCCCACCUGUAUUCUCAUAGCAUCCUGGGCCUGCUGGAGAGGAAAGAGACCAGAGCAGGAAGCCCCAUCUCUCAUAUUAGUCCCCACCGGCUCCUGGCAAGAAAGAACAUGGUCUCCACCAAGAUCCAGGACACCAAAGGCUGCCGGGCGUGCUGCGUGGCGGAGGGCGCGAGCUCCGGGGGCCCAUUCCUGUGCGGGGCAUUGGAGACCUCCGUGGUCCUGCUUCAGUGGUACCAGCCCAUGAACAAGUUCCUGCUGAUCCGGGUAGGGGGCCUGGGGAGGCUGGCUUCUGUAGAGACUUCCACGAAACGCCACUUCCACUCGAGGCUUCUUCCCAACCUCCCCCAAGGCUCUGCUCACCUGCCGUCGGCGCGGGAGCCUCCCGCUUCUGACAGCUUCCUAAUCCUCAAGUUCCGCCCCUCACUUUGGCCUAGUUACUCCUCAGGCCCCCUCGGCCCCUCCCCACCUGGGGUCUCUAAGGAGACCCCUAUUCAGAGCCUCUUGCUCGGGAAUGGGGACGGUGCCGGGGGGAAGGCGGAAUGCCGCGGAAUUGGCCCUGGCACCUCUUCUCCUCCAACAGAGCACAAGGGACCGGUUCAGGUGACCCAGGUGGAGGAAGACAAGGUGAUGGUGUUGAUGGACGGGUCCCUGAAGCUGGUGACUCCAGAGGGGGCCCCAGUCAGGGGACUUCGAACUCCAGAGAUCCCCAUGACGGAAGCUGUGGAAGCUGUGGCUAUGGUCGGAGGGCGGCUCCAGGCCUUCUGGAAGCAUGGAGUGCAGGUGUGGGCUCUCGGCUCUGACCAGCUGCUUCAGGAGCUGAGAGACCCCACCCUCACUUUCCGUCUGCUUGGCUCCCCCAGGCCUGUGGUGGUGGAGACACGCCCAGCAGAUGAUCCUACUGCUCCCAGUAACCUCUAUAUCCAGGAAUGAGUCCCUG